GCCACCGCCGCCGCCGCCGCAGCAGCUGCAGCGCUGAGGUACUGGCGCGGAUGCGCAGGCGAAAGUCCGGGUUGCCUGCUCAAAGCUGAAAGUUCCCUCGGAAGAACAGUCAUCUCCCCAGCCCAUCAUGGCAGACGAAAUUGAUUUCACCACUGCAGACGCCGGGGCAUCCAGCACUUACCCAGUGAAGUGCUCGGCCCUACGCAAAAACGGCUUCGUGGUGCUGAAGGGACGACCAUGCAGAAUAGUGGAGAUGUCAACUUCCAAAACCGGAAGGCACGGCCAUGCCAAGGUUCACCUUGUUGGAACUGAUAUUUUCACGGGCAAAAAAUAUGAAGAUAUUUGCCCUUCUACUCACAACAUGGAUGUUCCAAAUAUUAAGAGAAAUGACUAUCAACUGAUAUGCAUUCAGGAUGGUUACCUUUCCCUGCUGACAGAAACUGGUGAAGUUCGUGAGGAUCUUAAACUGCCAGAAGGUGAACUAGGCAAAGAAAUAGAAGGCAAAUACAACGCAGGCGAAGAUGUCCAGGUGUCUGUCAUGUGUGCAAUGAGUGAAGAAUACGCUGUAGCCAUAAAGCCGUGCAAAUAAAGAGGGGGGACAUCAGGCCUGAGCAUACUGUUUAGGUCCGGGUCAGCUCCAGAUCUAAAGUCUGAUUCUAAGUUGUCACCAAAGCUAUGGCCUUCAUAAGCCACCUCAUUUUUUUUUAUUGUUUUCACAUUGUGCUGGGUUAGUUUAGUAAGCAAUUGGCAAUUUAAGAAAAUAAUCAAGAUGUAUAAUUCUUUAUUCUUAACUUUGUAGGUGUCUUUCCUAUAAUGUUCCUGCGGUUUUCAGUUUGUGAAUCCAAGAAACAGACAAGGUAGCUUCAGCAGAUGUGAUUUGUAUGAGAAAAUCAUUUCUGCAUUUUAGUUAAUGAAAAAUAAACCAGGGUUGUAAAUCAAUGUAACAUA